AUGUUGAUCGCUGCGAUCGCGGCUCUCUUCAUCUUGCAGGUGCAAGGGGCACUCGCACUCCAAGCCAGCACAACAGCUACGACGACAGAUAUUCCUCGCUGGUGUGGCAAGCAUUAUGAGAGCGGAUCACCAAACAUUGAUCCCGGUGGACAAUUCACAUACCCCAGCUCAUCACCAAAUCCGCUGCUAUACGUCCAAGUCUCGCCCCGACACAGCAUCUAUGUCUCCUCUGAGCGAACAGCGACAUUCAUAGUCGAUGCCGCACUAUCGUACUACCAUGGCGAGGAUUACUACAAUUCCACCCAGGUCUUGGGGACACGUACAACCCGGCCCUUUUCGGAUUUAUAUUUCGAUAUCCGCGUAGAGUCUACGGACCAGGUGUUGAUAACUAACAACGUGGCCGUAAACACGACUGAUAAUGUUUUCGAUUUUGAGAUUGGCCAAUUACUCACGCCCCAGUUUGAGGCUUAUAAUGUUGUACUUUCUGGUGCAUCUUCGGAUGGAAAUCAGACUUUCACCGCGGCAACGCAACUCUUUUAUCUUCCCGACAAACUGACUGGAAGUGUCACCAAAAUCGAUAAUCUGAACGGCAACCUACUAUACAAAAACGACGCAACCAACAACACAUUUGUGCCAUUUUUCGCAUUCGGAUUCUACACCUCUUAUGGCGGAUAUUUAGAGACAAGUCUCACAAAUGUGCAAGCAUACUACGACCUUGGAUACAGCGCCAUUCAUCCCAUCCCCACGUUUUCGGAUAAUCUUACUACUAUCCUGGAUUAUAUGGAUGAAUUGAAUCUAAUGUUUCAGUAUGAUAUGCGCGGGACAUACACCAAUUUGACAUCCGUUGCGGAGCAAGUGAAUGCAGUCAAGGAUCAUAGUUCUCUAUUGGCGUGGUACACGGCUGAUGAACCUGAUGGAAAUCAAGAUGCGCUGAACGCUACGACGUUGGCAUAUGAAACUAUUACGGAAAUCGAUAAAUAUCAUCCUAUUGGGUUGGUGCUGAAUUGUCAGAAUUACUAUUUUGAGGAGUACUCCGCCGGAGCGGAUUAUUUGAUGGAGGAUGCGUAUCCGAUUGAGAUUAAUGCGACGUGGUCGAAAUGGGGGACUCCGUGUAAUGCGACGUAUGGGGAUUGUGGAUGUGAUAAUUGUGUCGGGGAGUUGCAGGAUGUUUCGAAUCGAAUUGAUGAUAUUGCCAAGUAUCAAAAGUAUCUCGGGGAAUGGUCGAAACCGAUUUGGGCGGUACCCCAAUCCUUUGAUGGUGAAGGCUACUGGAGUCGGAAUCCUACUGUUAAUGAAACAUGGGUCAUGAAUCAGCUUGCCCUAAACCACGGCGCAAAGUCCAUCAUGUUAUGGACGUUCCCAGCUUCGGAUGAGUUGGCGACGGCUAAUUCGCAGCAGGCAAAGGCUUUAACAAGGUCACCAGUGCUAGAGUUCAUUACCGGAGGCCAACCGAAACCCAUCUCGGUUGCAGCAUUUGAGCAGCUGGACGUUUCGUAUUGGAUUGUAGGACAACAAGCGCUGGUUAGCGUUGUAAAUUUGGAGUAUGAUGAUACUUCGUCCGCAGUUGAGAUUGCGUUGCCAUUCACUGCUUCGUCCAUUGGCUCAGGUGCAUGGGGCGAUGUUUCUUGGGAGUUGUCUGGUAACGCACUGAAUGUGCAGAGCUUGGAUGCUCUUGCGACUAGUUUUGUUAUCCUAGGUCUCUGA